AUGAAUCACCCUGAAUUAUUAAGAAAAAGAAAAGAUAGGUGUGGAGUGGAGCCUAGAGCACCGUGGACCGAAAAGAGAGUGAGAAGAGAAAAUUUUGAUGGUGGGAAGACAACAUGGGAAAAGUGGGGAAGGGAAGGGUUGUGUACUUGGAGCUGCAUUAGAAAAAUACUUGAUGAAGAAAAAAAGCUUGUUGAGUGA